AUGGACAUGAACGAGCCCAUCUUUCCGGCUCCGCCUGGAUACAUCGUCGACGUCGAUAAUCCCCAGAGGACGGGCGAGGCUGCUAACUUCUGGAUUGGCACCCUGGGCAUGAUCAUCGCCGCCAUCUUCAUGGCUAUACGCGUCUACACGAAGGCGAGGUUGGCGAAGAACUUUACAUCAGAUGAUAUAGCGCUGCUUAUAGCCUGGUGCUUCUCCAUCGCAAUACAAGUUCCCAUUCUAUGUGCGUCUACCAAGGCCCACUACCACUAUCCCAAAUCUAACCACCUAGCAGUCCAGUACGGCCGCGGCACUCUCGGCGUCCACAUCUGGGAACUAACUGGCCACCGCGUCAACUCUACCAUGAACGUAAGCACCACCAAUCCAUCAAAACACCAAGCCAACCCCAACUGA